UCAGCUAUAUUCGAAACAGAAAGAACACAACAAAUAUCAAGUGAAUUUUUGUUUAUUAGCUGAAAUGGAUGAUCUGGGCGAUCUGGACGACAUUUGUGAUAUAAAACCGUUUGACGAAAUUUAUAUAUCAACUGACGAUGACGAGCCAAUACCUCAGAUAACGGAUGUAUUCUCACUCAAAAACGAUGCAUUGCCCGAGGCAUCGAAGUCGAAAUAUUACAGAAUCUAUCACGAAUUCAAGAAUUGGCAAAAAAAGAAAAAUGUCACCACGAUUUCGGAACCGUUGCUGUUGGAAUACUUUCAAGACUUGUCGGUGAAACAAAAGCCGACCAGUCUGUGGGCCCACUACUCGAUGCUGAAGCGUACAUUGCAAGUGAACUUGGGUAUUGACAUUAAGUCGUACAAUCAAGUACUGGCCUUCUUGAAAGAAAAAUCAUCGGGCUACGAGCCAGUCAAAUCGAAAAGCUUCACACUGGAAGAAGUGGUAAAGUUUGUUGUGGAGGCGCCUGAUGACUUGUGGUUGGACAUAAAGACUGUUUGCAUUUUCGCUGUUUGUGGCUCACUAAAAAACGGCGAGCUUCGAUCGAUUAAAUAUUGCGAUGUCGAACUGCAUGGUGACUUACUUCUGGUCAAAGUUGAAGACUCCUGCACCAAGUCAUACCGAUCGUUUACCAUAACCGGCCAAUUCUGCAACGUUGUUAAGAAAUACGUGGCCCUACGACCGGCACAUGCCCCAAUUGAACGAUUUUUCUUGAACUAUCAGCGAGAAAGGUGCACCAUCCAACCGAUUGGAAAGAAUAAAUUCGCUCGAAUGCCGUAUAAAAUGGCGCAAUAUUUGAAAUUACCAGAGCCCGUCAGGUACACCGGUCAAGCGUUUCGCCUUUCCGGCCAGAUUAUCUUGAAGAAUACGUCGCAAACCAUCGACCGUCGCAGGAUCGAAGCUAUUGCACGUAAUUACUCUUCGUGCUCGAACACAUCUCAGUCGGUGAAUCGGAGUGAGGACGAUACGAAGGAAACUGUUAUCAAAAUCGAAGAGGAUGAAUCGGACUCGGACGACGAUCUUUCCAUUGAAAAUUUGCUCAAAGUCGACAAUCUACGAUUGCAUUGUACCGUAUGCGAUACUCACGUUGGAUGUGCGGUAGCUAAUGAGGGAAACAUACGCACGCAUCCCGUUCUACUCGUGACACAAUGUCAAACCUGUCACACGUUCUACAAUCGGAGAGAAUUCACCGUUGGCGCAAAUAGUAAAGAGUUGCAAUGUCGUUGGUGUGCGCAAGGCAGUGGGGUGUACAGCUGUUCGAAGUGUCCGUAUGUGUUUUGCAGGAAAUGCAUUCUGCAAAAUCUGUCCAAAAAUGUCAUCACUGAAAUAGAGAAAAAUAACAACUGGCGAUGCUUCGCCUGCGCUCCAGGCGUUCUCAGCCAUUUGAAGGCUCAGCACUGGGCAUUGACGAAUCAUCUACGGCAAACGAAAAACCAAAUUCGAGUGAUGAAAAACCCCGAUCAGCUGUACGAACUGAUGUACCAAGAUCUAACAUUGUGUUGUGGAAAGGACCCGCUGAAUUCACGACAAAAUCCGAAGGAUAAACGAAGACGCACCGCUACCAACACCAAUUACAACAGUUCAGCGCCCGAUCCGAAGCGAAUCCGAAAUCAUUCCGUAGUUGGUACACCAAGUCAAUCACCUACACUGCCAACAAUUGUGAGUCAGAAGUCGGUUUCACCACCGCCAUUAAUAUUACGCCAGAAUCCAUCGUCAUCAACGGAACCUCCACCGCUAACUCUACGUCCAAUGCAUUCGUUAUUAUCGGAACGUUCGGCUAGUCCAGCAGAAGUAAUUGACCUUCCGUCAGUACAAAUGGCUCCGAUUCCGAAUAGUCAGUUGCCUGCUAUGGCGCAGUUCACUGAGCUUACCUCGUCAGGCUAUCAGACGUACAAUAUACUGGUCGACAUGGCUGCUAGGGACGACACAUUCGUACGACUACCGAACGGAAAAUUGAUUCAAGUGAGACCACAGUCUGUCGCAACCCAACCAACGCAACAAAGGCGCGAAAUUUUACAGCAGAUGCCAUCUGUUCCAAUUCAAAAUAGUUCAUCGCAAGCGGUGACACAUCAAGCGCCAUCCGCACAGAUGAUCAAUCGACCAUCCCUACAGAUCAUCAAUGUUGGUCAGUCACCGCAACAACAAAAUCGACAGCCAAAUUUAGCACAACAACCCUUACCGCAGCAAAAGCCUUUGCAGCAACAAACCGUACCGCAACCACUGCAGAUCAUCAAUGUAGGCCAACAACCUUUGCAACAGCAGCGACAACAAACCUUGAACAAGCAACAAACAUUCCAGCCACCGCUGCAGAUCAUCGACAUUGGUCAACCCUUAAGAAAUCAACAGACCUUCCAACCACCGCGGCAGAUCAUCGACGUUGGUCAACCAUUACAACAAUCUUCUUCACAGCCACAACAACAGCCUGUACCAUCGCAACAGCCCUUGCAACGACCAUACAUUCAACAACAACAACAACAACAGCCGAAUGGAGUAUCAAAUACACGAACGACACCACAACCGCCGGCAUCGAAAAGUUACCCAAAUACACCGUUCGGCCAAGCGCAAACCGUACUCGAGAAGGAAGUUCAUGGUGCGCAAGAAAUCUGCCAGCAAAUUGUCGGAAAAUGCAAUGCCCUCAUGAAAUCGAACGCAUACAAUUCGGCGCAACGGUUCAAUGAUUUACGGGAUUUACAUCAACAUUUGUCGUAUUUGUGCACCUAUGCGAUCGACCGGUUCACAACGUUGAAAGGCAAAUGUUCAGAUUCGAUGACAUCACUCACUACUGUUCAUGAAGAAGAAAUCAAGAAAUUGGUUGAGACAGACGAUGUCUACACGAAUGUGGAUGACGAUGUCCAAGUGUUAGAAACAGUUACGGAGUGCAUCGAAAUCGAUUCAGACGAUGAAAUCGAACCGGAAAUUGGUUCGCCUGCAAUUGGCGCUGAAAAGGAGCAAUCGAACCCGGCAAUCAAACAAGUUGAAUCAGUUGCAGCCAUAAAUGUUCAAACUACAACCAAUGUAGCCAAUAAUGCCGAAAAGGACGAGUUAGAACUACCCACACCGCCAGUACUGUCGUUAGACGACGGAGCGUAUGAUCAUUACGAUGAAAAAUUGAGAGGUAUGGCAGUCGUUGUACUGGAGAAAGAUGAACAGAUUGAGCGAAAGUUGGACGAACUUUUACAAAGACAAAACUCUGAAAAUGGUGCUGGAUCAUCGUUGAGUCAUGAUUUCCUAAUGCAGGAAAAUGAUUCCAUUACUACACACGAAAGUGCCGUGUUAGAAAGUGAGACGAUUGCAGUACACCAAACAUGCAACGAAAGUGACAAGAAUGACGACCACGAUGUUGACGUUGAGAUGCAGAGUAACGAUGAGAAGAAAACCGAUCCUGUUGAAGGGGAUCAUCAAGCCAAAGUUGAGCAACACAUCGAAGACACUAAACGCGAUGAAUUUAAACAAAUCAGUCACCCAGACCUACACGGAGAUGCAAACGUUGAUAGGUCUGUCGACCAUUCCAAACACGAAUCAGAUGUCGGAUCGGAUAAUAAGAUGGAUGCACAAAAUAACGAUAAAGGUGGAGCAUGCAUUCAUGGUUCCGUAAGCGAUUCCAAUUUAAGUGGUCAGCAGUGCACACAGUUGAUAAGCAAUUCGGACAACGAUCCAUUGGAUAAAAUGGUUGUGAGCGACGAUAUAUUUGAUGACGUUACUCGGAAUACAACAGCAGGAAACAUCGUCACCUUGUCAACUGUAAAUCCCGGCGCAGAUCUCGUAUAACAAUGCAAGCAUUAGAUAUGUCAGUGUUCAUCCUCCGAACGAUAGUCAAAAUUUGCCAAAUUUUGUCUCUUAUAGGGUGAGGCAACCAGUCUCUGGAAGUGCAACAGCAGUCGAGUACCCAUUGUUCUUUCGUUCAAAAACAAAUUUACCGGUGAAAGAACAAUAGGUGUCCGACUCUACUGGUACAAGUCCAGUAACUGGUGCGCCCACCCUAAUCGGUAUUGAAUAUGUAUUAAAUUUAGAUAGUAAGAGUCACAUUACACAUUUUACGUA